UUUAGUGUGGUGGCUGUCAGAGACAGGCCUGUGGUGCCAAAUGGUCCCUCCAUAGCUUUCCCUCACCAAUAUUCAGGGAGGUCACUCCUCCCCCAGCUUUUCUAAAUUUAUAGGCUCUCUCUCUCUCUCUUCUCCUCUUAUCUUCUCUGUGUGUGUCAGUUUGAGAAACUGAGCAAGACUUUCUUUUUUUCUUGUUUUUGUUCCUGUAUCUCUCUCAUAGAAGUUUGACAAACAGAAGGAAAGAGAUGGAGAGUGAGGAUAAGGUGAAGAGAGAAGGUCUUCCUUUGUACGGAGGCAAGUACAUACAGUAUAACAUUCUGGGUAACCUCUUUGAAGUCUCCGCCAAAUAUGUUCCUCCUAUUCACCCUGUCGGUCGCGGUGCAUACGGCAUCGUUUGCUGUGCAACAAACUCUGAGACAAAAGAAGAGGUUGCAAUCAAGAAGAUUGGGAAUGCAUUUGACAAUAGGAUCGAUGCCAAGAGGACCCUUCGAGAGAUCAAGCUUCUUUGCCAUAUGGAUCAUGACAAUAUUGUCAAAAUUAAGGACAUCAUAAGGCCAGCAGAGAGGGAAAAGUUCAAUGAUGUUUACAUUGUAUAUGAACUAAUGGAUACUGACUUGAAUCAGAUAAUACACUCCAGCCAGGCUUUGACAGAUGAUCACUGUCAGUACUUCCUGUAUCAAUUGCUGCGGGGAUUGAAGUACAUACACUCUGCAAAUGUUUUGCACCGCGAUCUGAAACCAAGCAACCUGCUUCUCAAUGCAAAUUGUGACCUUAAGAUUUGUGACUUUGGGCUCGCUAGAACUACAUCAGAGACGGAUUUCAUGACAGAAUAUGUUGUAACUCGUUGGUAUCGAGCCCCUGAGUUACUGCUCAACUGUUCAGAAUACACUGCAGCCAUUGAUAUUUGGUCAGUAGGUUGCAUUUUCAUGGAGAUUAUUAGGAGGGAACCACUAUUUCCCGGUAAAGACUAUGUUCAACAGCUGAGUCUCAUAACUGAGCUACUAGGUUCACCAGAUGAUUCAGAUCUUGGAUUUUUAAGAAGUGAUAAUGCUAGGAAGUAUGUUAAGCAGCUCCCACAUGUCCCAAAGCAACCCUUUGUGCAGAAGUUCCCAAACGUCUCGCCACUGGCAAUUGAUCUUGCAGAAAAAAUGCUAGUUUUUGAUCCAAGCAAGCGUAUAACUGUUGAGGAGGCACUGAAUCAUCCAUUUUUAUCAAGUCUUCAUGAGAUCAAUGAGGAGCCCGUUUGCCCAUCUCCUUUUGUCUUUGAUUUCGAGCAGGCAACCCUGGAUGAAGAAGAUAUAAAGGAGCUCGUAUGGAGGGAGUCUCUACACUUCAACCUGGAUGAUAUGUUGGGAUAAUUUUUGUCAGCAGCGAUCAAAUUUCUGUUUCUGUUUUUUUUUUUCACUGCUACCACUGGCAUCAUGUUUAAAGGAUGCUUUUGGUUUCGAAAGGUUGGUAAUUAUCAUAUGGCGUUCUCCGGCGUGUUGAGUGGAUGAAAUGGCAGCUUCAUAACAAGAGUGGUAGUGUUGGUGUGUAUAAAAAGAAGGCUUUGUUCUCCUGGCCUUGUUUGGAUUUUGAUGUGUUUUGUAUAUUGUAAAUCCAAUAUGAUUCAAAACCAAAUAAAAAUAAGAAUAUUACCGGGAAAAAAGCUCAAAGUGAUUAUUCU